CCCAAUCGCAAACUCUGUCUCGUCACAAUCUCAAUCUUGACACAAGCUGACACAUGAUCAGUUGAUUGACACACUCAUCAAUCGUUCAGUGGCAGGAGGUCACGUUUUAAUGGGCUGCAAACACAGCCCAGAAGGCCGUAAGGUAGGCCCACAAGGACGGACACACACCGUACCAAAAAAACCGCGCGCGCAAAAUUUUUCUUUCCCUCCCGCAUCAAAAUGAAAUUGUCAGGCAGGCGGCGGCGAAUUCCCCAACCCUAAUCCCUCCUCCUCCUCCGCCAACUUCGCCAUGCUCGCAUAUGACAGCGACGAUGCCGACGGCGACCUCUUCGCCGGAGUCCGCUUCGCCCUCGUCGGCUUCGACACCCUCUCCAAUUCCCAGUAUCGGUCGGAGAUGGUGCGGCGCGGCGGCGUCGAUGCCGGGGCCUACGGCGUAGGCUGCACCCACCUAAUCGUCCACGGCCUCGUAUACGAUAACCCAAUCUGCGUGGCGGCGCGGAAGGACGGCAACAAGGUCGUAUCCGAGCUCUGGGUGGAACAUACCUUGGAUCUUGGAGAGUUGGCCGAUGCAGACCGGGUACUAUAUAGACCAGUGAGAGAUUUGAGUGGCAUACCGGGCAGUAAAUCACUAUGCAUUUGCUUGACAGGGUACCAAAAAAAUAAGCGUGAAGACAUAAUGGAAAUGGCUAAUUUAAUGGGUGCACAAUUUUCCAAGUCUUUAACGCACAAAGUCACCCAUCUCAUUUGCUACAAAUUUGAAGGUGAGAAGUAUAAAGUUGCCAAGCAGGAAAAUAUCAAUCUGGUUAAUCAUCAGUGGAUGGAAGACUGCUUAAUGGCAUGGGAAAUUCUUCCAGUUCAUGAUUAUACAAAAAGUGGUUGGGAAUUAGAGAUACUGGCAGCACAAGCCAACGACUCCGAAGAUGAUGAAGAAGAAGCUGGUAGAAGCUCAUCUGGUAAUAAACAUGUAACUAGAAGCGCAUGCACUAGAGAGAUUAGAAUGACAACUCUUUCUGAUCCUGAUAGCCAAGUACCCAUUCGAGGUCCUACUAUCUCCUCUCGCAAUGCAGAAAUUGCUACUGGAGGACACGUCAGCACUCCAGAGACGAUCAAGAACGCAGGAGGUUCAAGCAAAAAGUUGGUCAACAGUAAAUCAGACAUACAGGAUAUUCUUACCUCUGCUAAUCCUGAUGCUCAUGGAUCUUCCCAUCAUCCUCUUGAUUGCAAGGAAGAGGCUCCUGCAGCUCAGGUCCACAGAGAUGAAGCUAACGAUGAUGUUAAAAGUGCACGUAGUGCUAGUACUGGUGCCCAUUGCAUUUCCAACAUAGGUGGGAGCACAGUUUGUUCUGAUCAUCAUGUGCAUCAAUUAACUACGGUACCUGCUAUGUGGGUGAACGGCACAGAGACCAUUGAUGGAAAUUGUUUGGAUAGCACCAAUCAGAACAAUGUGAACAGUGCACUUUGGCCAACCCCUUCUAAAGAAACUUUCUCAGCAAAAACAUUACAGUCAUCAGAUAUGAGUGGAAAUGUAGGCCAACAGGAUGGUGGAUCUACACCUGAUCUUAAUCCUGCAAUUGAUCAGUCAAAUGUUGAACGGAAGCUAACAUUGCAUGAGGCUAACUUGAGAUUAAAAGGCAAUGCAGCAUCAAAGAAUACCCCAAUCUUAAGUUACAAUAGAAGAUGUUGCCGGAAGCCUGUGUCACUAGAAGCUAAUUUACGACCAACAGGAUCACCACAAAAUUUUGAGAGAAUUACCAUCUCUCCAUCAAUGAAAAGUGAUCACAAAAUUAGUGACCUUAUUGAUGCUGAAAGCCUGAGAGACGAUGAAGUAGUAAAGGUGGUGGAUAAAUCAGGUAGCGCACUUGCUCAGAGGAGGACGAGUGUGCUUUCUUCAAUCAGUGUGAAGCCAUCAGUAAGCUCAGAAACUGGAAGCGCAAAUAUUCCUUUCCCAAACAUGGAAAGUGCCUCUAAACCAGCAACAGUUCCUGAUCUGAGUAGAAACUCCACCCAAUCUGUGAUUUUAACUGAGAAGGAAAAGUCUGGCCCAUUUAAAAGCAACCUGUUGAUCUAUCGGAGGGCUUCUUUGAAGCUUGCAAGGCCUGUUGAAAGAGAAAAGCUUUCUGAAAGCUCUACUAAGGGUAAGAAAUUGCUGAGAGGAAAUUCACUGGCACUCCAUGAGGCAGGGUCUGAAAAAGGUUGUGCUGUAAACUCUUCUGCCGUUUCUGAAGUUGAUAAAAGAAAUUAUUGUUCCUCUCUUCCAAAUGUGGACACUGAGAUGAGUGAUGCGUCACUGGUUAACAAAACUGAUGCUGUGGCUCCUUACACAGAAUUUGGUAAUGUGGUUUUUCAUCAAAACAUGAAAGCGGUUCAUAAAGAGAUCCAAGAUACUGCAAUCUUCAGUGAAUGUGAAACAAUUCCCCAGGAAGAAACUUCUAAAGUGAAGAAUGCCAGUGGCAAGAGGUUUGGGAAUGUCUCAAAUAAAUCAGCUAAUAGAUCUAUAAGGAACAAAGAUGAGGUUGUAUCUUUUAAGUCUGAUGGUGAUAAAGUCGUUUCUUGUGAAAAUAUUAAGAUGCAAUCAGAAAGGAAUUGUGCUAGUCCAAAUAGUGUUGAAUGUACAUUAUCCAUUCCUGAACAAAUCCCAUAUAGUAGAGCAACUAAUGUGGCUACCAAGAACUUGCUGGAUGCGUCAGAGAUGAACACAUCACUAACACUUUCGAAGACUCAGUUAGCAGAGAAAUAUAUGAAGAAAAAUCCUGGCUGUUCAAGUUCUAAUGAACAUCGAAAGAGUUCAUCUGAGAAGGUAUCUCAAACUGCUGAUGUCGAGAUGCCUGAUGCGCCAAUUGCUAAUAGCACUGGUUCUAUGUCUUCAAAGUCAGAUUUUAAGGAAGUGAUUCCUCCAGAAAAUGCAAGAUCUUGCCCUAAGAGACACUCUAGCAACACAAAUAUGGGUGGCCCUGAAACUUGCAGCCCCAGUGUUGUACCAAAAAACAGAGCACGAAAGGCAGUUGCGAAGAGGAAAGUAUCUGCUGUCCAGCAGAACAGCUUUGGUGCUGAGCCUUGCAAGAACGGCAGUACCUUUGUAUCUGAAUUUAAAUUUGUAUAUUCGAAGAGAGCUUCAGAUUGUUCCAGAAAUGGUAACCAGAAAACACUGGGUCAGAAUCUCCAGAGUUCUAAUGAAAAUGGGACCAAAGAUGCUGAUGGAUCAUUUUCAAAAGAAGCCAUCCGGGAUAGAUCAAAAAUAUUACAAAAUUCACAAGCAAGAAGCAGCAAAAGACAAAAAACUGCAGAAUUAAUUGAUGUUUGUACUGAUGACAAGGAGAAUCUACCAGCGAAUAGUAAUAUAAUUUCCAAAUCAAAACAUGGAAACGAUUGUGUCAGUUCGAACUGUUCUAUUAAAGCUGCAGGAGGUGGCAAAGAUGUGCUUGCUGACCAUGGUGUGGUAGAAGAAAAUAAUGGUGGAAUGCUAACUAUGCUGGAGCCCAGAUUAUUUAUUUUGAGUGGGCAUCGCCUCCUGAGAAAAGAGUAUAAGUCGAUACUUAGACUCCUGAAGGGAAGAGUUUGUAGGGAUUCACAUCAUUGGUCUUUCCAAGCAACACAUUUUAUCACCCCUGAGCUCCGCAGAACUGAAAAAUUCUUUGCGGCAGCUGCUGCUGGCAGGUGGAUACUAAAAUCUGAUUAUUUGACUGCUUGUAACGAGACUGGGAAGUUCUUAGAGGAAGAACCAUUUGAGUGGCAUGGUCAUGGCCUUAACAAUGGUGAUACAAUAAGUAUGGAUGCUCCUCGGAAAUGGCGUCAACUAAGGCAGCAUACUGGCCAUGGCGCUUUCUAUGGGAUGCAGAUAAUUAUAUAUGGGGAGUGCAUUUCUCCAUCACUGGAUACACUAAAGCGCGCGGUGAGAGCUGGCGAUGGCACCAUCUUGGCAACCUCCCCACCUUACACCCGAUUCUUGAAACCUGAUGUCGACUUCGCUGUUGUAUCUGCUGGGACGCCAAGCGCAGAUGCAUGGGUACAGGAAUUUAAGAAGCACAACAUCCCAUGCAUCAGCGCAGAUUAUCUUGUCGAGUAUGUCUGCAAGCCAGACCACUCUCUAAACAAGCACGUCCUCUUCAACAUGCAUGAUCUGGCAGACAAGUCCCAUGCGAAGCUACUCAAGGGCCAGCAUGACGACGUGCUUGCUGCCGGCACCGGAGAGGCAACCGAUGGAGGCGACGCUGAACCAACUUGUUCUGCUCGUGGAUCCAAAGACCGGGAAAGGACCACGCUGAUCUGUGGCAGCGAGGAGAAUGGGACCGGGAUGCUGCAUAUGGAUUAUUGUUGCAACCCUCCCCUUUGAUGAUGGAGAGUGGCUGUGCACCAGCUGAGCUGCCACAAACAUAAAUUCCCCCACAAGGAUAACAAAGCUGUGCUGAAACGUAGGUGAUCCCUGUGCCUCUUCUGUUACCCUGUACAUAUGAUUGUCAUCUGCGCUGUGCCGAUGUAAAAAGAUGCAAGUUUUUAUCUCCUUCAUGGUUUGCCACUCAGUGAUCUCAAACUCUCAUAUGUAUGCAGUACAGCGUACGGUGAACAAUUCUACACUUUCAAUCGCCAAUCGUACAGUACAGUACAGUGCACCGCAUGAUUUUACAUACAUGUACUACUAUUAUAGUAGUACUCCAGUUGGCAUGGAAGCAAGCAGUAGCAACGAUGCAUUUGCAGCUCUUGGGAAAGCAUUCAUGUAAAGUUGUUGGCCAUUUGAAUGGAGCACAACAACUGGGGCAGGAACUUUGUGGCAACUUACCACACGGAUCUGAAAUCUCGUGUCAGUUGGUUGCUGCUGCUGCUGCUGCUCAACUUAACUAAAGAAAAGCCCCCACAAAUUGUGAUUCACCGAGAGAAUCGAAUAUUUUUUAGGUGAAGGCGGCAGAGCCACCAGUGAAACCUGUUGGGUUUAUAUUAAGGGCAUCUUCAUCCUCUCUCUCUCUCUACGAAUGGAUUAAGGGUGACAGAGAAACGACACGAAGAUAUUUGCAUCAAUGCAGACAGAAGAAACGGGCCCUUCUGUUCGUUCACCCGCGGUACCCUUGCUUAUGUUUAUAUGCU